AUGCGUUACUCUCCCUCCGGCAAUCCGAUGACGUCGUUUAGCAUCGCCAGCAAUCGGCGUUACACCACGGCCGCAGGGGAGCAGCGCGAGGAAACAGAGUGGUUCAAUUGCACCGCAUUCGGGCGAUUGGCCGAUGUUUGCAAUCAGUACCUCACGCGCGGCCAGCAAGUGUACUUAGAGGGACGCCUCAAGUCUCGACAAUAUGACCGUAGGGACGGUACGCCAGGAUUCUCGCUGGAUGUUUCCGUAACCGAGAUGCAAAUGCUGGGACGCCGUGGCGACCAGCCCGACGACGCGUUUGGCGAAACACGCGGCCGAAACGAUGACCAACGCUCCGGGGAUACGGGUUAUGCCGGUUCAUUAGGAGCUGGUGAACCCAUGACGGACAUCGACGAUUUACCGUUUUAA